GCCCCGGGGCUUAGCGGGGGGCACCGCCAUGCGGGGGGCGCGGGAUGGGGGGCCGGCGCUGUGCCCGGACAGCCGGGACCCCGAGCGCCGGAAGCGCUGGGCCGAGCUCUUCGACCAGCUGGACACCAACAAGGACGGGCGGGUGGACAUCAACGAGCUGCGGGAGGGGCUGGCGCGGAUGGGCAUGAAUGCCAGCUCCCGAGCUGAACAGGAGAUCCUGCGCGAGGGCGACACGGACCGGGACGGUGAGCUGGACUUCGAGGAGUUUGUGUCUUACCUGCAGGAGCGAGAGCGCAAACUGCGACUCAUGUUCCACAGCCUGGACCGUAACAACGAUGGCCAGAUCGAUGUGUCCGAGAUCCAGCAGACAUUCCACAGCCUCGGAGUCUACAUCUCUCUGCAGCAGGCAGAGAAAAUCCUCCAAAGCAUGGACAAGGACGGCACCAUGACCGUCGACUGGCACGAAUGGAGAGACCACUUCAUCCUCAACCCGCUGGAGAACAUGGAGGAGGUCGUCCACUAUUGGAAGCACUCCACGGUCCUGGACAUCGGUGAGUGCCUUACGGUCCCUGACGAAUUCUCCGAGAAGGAGAAGAGGACGGGCAUGUGGUGGAAGCAGCUGCUCGCGGGCGCCAUGGCUGGGGCUGUCUCCAGAACCGGAACCGCCCCUCUGGACCGGCUUAAAGUUUUCAUGCAGGUUCACGCCUCCAAGACCAACAACAUGAACGUGUUUGGGGGGCUGAAGGGCAUGAUCCAGGAGGGGGGCGUCCGCUCACUCUGGCGUGGCAACGGGAUCAAUGUGCUGAAGAUCGCGCCUGAGUCUGCCAUCAAGUUCAUGGCCUAUGAGCAGAUCAAGCGGGCGAUUCGUGGGCAGCAGGAGACGCUGCGGGUGCAAGAAAGAUUUGUGGCCGGCUCACUGGCCGGUGCCACUGCUCAGACAAUCAUCUACCCCAUGGAGGUGCUGAAGACCCGGCUGACCCUGCGGAAGACGGGUCAGUACUCGGGGGUGGCCGACUGUGCUAAGAAGAUGCUGCAGAAGGAGGGAAUCCGGGCCUUUUACAAGGGCUACCUGCCCAACGUGCUGGGCAUCAUCCCCUACGCCGGCAUCGACCUGGCUAUCUACGAGACGCUGAAGAACAUGUGGCUUCAGAAAUACAGCAGGAACACAGCGGACCCCGGCAUCCUGGUGCUCCUGGCCUGCGGGACGAUAUCCAGCACCUGUGGGCAGAUAGCCAGCUACCCCCUGGCCUUGGUGAGGACUCGGAUGCAAGCCCAAGCCUCCAUUGAGGGCGCCCCGCAGCCAACCAUGCUGGGCCUCUUCAAGCACAUCUUGUCGCGGGAGGGGGUGCUUGGCCUGUACCGGGGCAUCGCCCCCAACUUCAUGAAAGUGAUCCCGGCCGUCAGCAUCAGCUACGUGGUCUACGAGAACAUGAAGCAGGUGCUGGGCGUGACGUCCAGAUGAACCCGCUGGCCCGGCGGGGCCCAGAUGCCCCUGGCCCACCGCUUGCCCCCCACCCCCUCGCUGCAGGAUCGGGGCGGGGAGGCAGCUCCGGAUCCAGGAGCGUUAAGAGGGACAGUGAGAGAUCUCAGCUGGAGCCCCCCAUGCACACACCUGCCCCUAUGGAGCAGGCCUGAGCCGGUCCAGAGGACCAAACCCUGGAGCAACUCUGAGGUGCUGGCUGUGAGAACCAAAAGGGGAACCCUUCACCCCAACUCUGCCACGCAGAGCAUGUCUGCUAGGGGCACCCUUUGCCAGGGGGUGUGGGCUAGGAGCAGACCCGGGGCGUUUGUGGGGAGGAGCAAUACAAAGUUCAGGGUUUGACUAAUUUUAGUUUGAGGUUUGACAAGCUCGGCUUCCAACCGCCCCCGCCCCCAGGUCUGCUGUGGGGGGCGUCGCUCCUGGAAGCGCAUGACACAUGUACACCCCGUUCCCUGCAUGCUACGGCCUGGGGCAUGGCAUGUUUCUGCACCGGGGGCUUUGCUGCCCCCCAAGCACUCGCUGACACAGCCCUGUCAGUGGAUCCCAGUGGAGACGCCUCCAACCAGCACUGACACUGGAUCCCACAGGAUAAUCCCUCCAAUCAGCAGCCCUUUACUCAGCACUGACACUGGAUCCCAGGGGAGAAUCCCUCCAAUCAGCAGCCCUUUACUCAGCACUGACACUGGAUCCCACGGGAUAAUCCCUCCAAUCAACAGCCCUUUACUCAGCACUGACACUGGAUCCCAGGGGAGAAUCCCUCCAAUCAGCAGCCCUUUACUCAGCACUGACACUGGAUCCCACGGGAUAAUAUCUCCAAUCAGCAGCCCCUGACUCAGCACGAACACUGGAUCCCAUGCAAGACUCCCUCCAAUCAGCACCAACACUGGAUCCCAACGGAGAGUCCUCCACUAGCCACUCUCUCCUCCAUCCACAAUGAUACAGGACUCUAGGGGGAAUCCUUCUAGAAGGGCUCCCUGACACAGUGAUGCCACUGGAUCCCAUGGGGGGUCCCCUCCUGUAGAGAAGGUCACCCCCCAAGGAGUGUUACCAGAGCCCAGCUGAAGCGCUGCACCUCCCCACCAACCCAGGCACUGCACCGGAUCUCCCAAGGGGCUGCAGCCUAAAACCCACGUGCUUGUGCAUGGAGCUUUCAAAAUGGGGAGGCUACGUGUGACUUGCCUGGGGGGCUACCUUGAAAUCAGGGCUAGCGCAAGCUCUUCCUCCAUUGCCACCCACUGUCCUUCUGCCCCUGCCUAGGCAGGGGAGAUCUGGCACUGGUCGCCUCUUCCCCGACCCAGGGGAAGCCAGGCAGCCUCAGAGGUCUCCCCCUCCACACACCGAGUGGAUCUCCCCCUGCGCAGCAUGGGAGACCCACUGGCCUCCCGAUACCUGGGGCCGUGGUUGGGGUAGGGCGUAGCCCCGCUGGGGGGUGGGACGCAGGGUGAGCCACACCAUGCCCACUGGCCAGAGGGGGUGGGAUGCGGUGAGGACUCGUGGCCCCAGUGUCGCCAAGGC